AUGGUGGCCUCCCGCCGACGCGAGCCCCUCGCCAUGAGCGGCGGGACCACUUCGGAAGAAAGGGUCUCACAGUCGGACUGCACCCCGCAUCACUUCAAGCCUUUCAGCUCACACGCGCACUACCAGCAGGUGAUGUGCGCAGUGAGUAAACUCCAGAAGAGCGGAUUCUACUGGGGUGCAGUGGGGGGUCGCGAGGCCAGCUCCCUACUCCGCUCGGAGCCCCCGGGGACCUUCCUGAUUCGGGACUCGUCAGACAACCACCAUUUCUUCACUCUGUCGGUGCAGACGGACCGCGGCACCAAGAACCUGCGCGUCCACAGUGAGGUCAGCGGCUUCUUCCUGCACGUUGACGCGCAGUGCGCCCAACAGCCGCCGCGAUUCGACUGCGUGCUCAAACUCAUCGCGCACUACAUGGGCAAAGGCCCCGCUGAGCCCGGCUCUGGCCGCACCGCCUAUCUGAUCCACACCGGCGGUGAGCGGAUCCCGCUAGAGCUGCGGCGGCCCCUCUUCAACUCCCUGUCGUCCCUGCAGCACAUGUGCAGGAGGACCCUGAACAGCCAGGGCCUUGGCGGGGCCGAGCGGCUGCCGCACACGCUCAGAGACUUCCUUGAGGAGUACGACGCCCCGAUAUGA